UUUCGCUUUAGAAGGAAAUGUGCCUGGCAAUCUACAUAAACGCAUGUUCACGCGAAUCAUUCGUCAUGCAGCUUCACCUACGUCAGAAACUGAAAGUGAAGAUUCAGACUACUAUGCUCUAGCAUACUACUCUAUGUCAUCACCCAAGCGCGUAUUUGGCAUCUCCCUUGAGUUUCUGAGGAGACGAGGACAAAUGCGACAGGGCGUUCCUGUGGUGCUCCUACAGAUGGUGGAGUUUCUAGAUCAAUAUGGUCUCCAUCAGAGUGAAUUAUUCCAUGCCAGUAGAUCAGAGGCACGGCGCAACGAGUUGAAGAAAAGUCUGAAUCGUGGUGAAUUUCAGUGUUUUCGCAGCAGUGAUGCCCAUGCUGUGGCCUCUCUGCUGAUUCUCUUCCUGAGAGAACUGCCUUACGGACUCAUCCCAUGCUGGAAUGCCACACGGUUCCUGAGAGUCUAUACAAUGUAUCAGAAAACGCCAGGGCACCUAAAAGCGCCGCCCAUCGCCACUGUACCCGCUACUACAGCUCCUAGCUGUUUGUCAGGAGCCGCGUCAGGAACGCUUUGUAAACUGAACGCCAAGCUGCGUUCACACAUGCGCAGAGAGGAAUGA